AUGGUGAAGAUCGAAGCGUUCGCAGUUGAACAGUGGAUGGACAAGUAUGAGCUCACGGCUAAAUACAACACUGCUGAGACUUGCUGUGCAUCCCUCUCAAUCGGCGAUCUUCGGGAGCUUUCCGAUGACAAGGACACGAACCCGCUGGCAGAUCUACAGUCCACCAAACUUACUUAUGGUGCGAUUAGAGGCUCGGACAAGCUGCGUGAAACUCUAGCCAACUUAUAUUCGGCAAAGACACACAACCGACUGCCGAAAGAUAAUGUUUUGAUCACGGCCGGUGCUAUUCAGGCCAACUUCUUGGCUCUGUAUUCCCUCGUUGGGCCGGGGGAUCAUGUUAUCUGCCACUACCCAACAUACCAGCAACUUUACUCGGUUCCCGCAUCCCUGGGAGCUGAAGUGAGCCUCUGGAAAUCCAAGGAAGAUGAUGGGUGGAAGCUCGACAUCGAAGAACUGAAAGGACUGAUUCGUCCUAAUACCAGAUUGAUCAUUGUAAACAACCCACAAAAUCCCACUGGAGCAAUCGUUCCGCGCAACCAUCUCGAAGAUCUGGUUGAUAUUGCUCGCGAGUCCUCCAUCACCAUUUUGGCCGACGAGGUGUACCGUCCCCUUUUCCACAACAUCAGCCCCAUGGAACCCGAGUUUCCUCCCUCUAUUCUUUCUCUAGGCUACGAAAACACUAUUGCCACCGGUUCUGUCUCGAAAGCAUACAGUCUAGCUGGACUCCGCGUGGGAUGGAUUGCAUCGCGGAACCGAUCCAUCAUCGAGGCUUGUGCCAGCUCUCGGGAUUAUACCACAAUCUCUGUUGGCCAAAUUGAUGAUGCUGUGGCUAGCUUUGCUCUCGCGCCGGACUGCAUCCACAAUCUUCUCCGUCGGAAUAUUGAUCUCGGCCGCAAAAAUCUUGAGAUUCUGGAGAAAUUCAUCGAGGCCCACCGGUGGGCUUGUGACUGGGUGAAGCCCCGUGCUGGUACAACCGCCUUUGUUCGGUUUACGAAAAUGGGUAAACCAAUCGACGAUGUUGUCUUCUGUGAAAAGCUGCAAGCGGAGAAGGGAGUUAUGUUUGUACCAGGCAGCCGGUGUUUUGGAGGUGGGGAAGACUUCCAGGGCUAUGUUAGAAUUGGAUAUGCCUGCGAGACUGAUGUGCUCGAGAAAGGUCUCGAAGAACUGCGGGAGUUUAUGGAUGAGGGCUAUGAAGAUGUUCCGGCUUUGAAGAAGAAGAAGCAAGCGACACAAUGA